AUGGCCACCCCGUUCCUACCCGCGGGGGCCACUACGGGCGACAGUGGUGGGGAGCUGAGCUCCGGGGACGACUCCGGUGAUAUGGAAUCCCCCAAGACCCCGGAGUCCGAGGCGUCCGGGAGCCUGGCUGAGCAGUUUGAGAAGGCUGCCGCACACGUCCAAGGCCUGGUUCAGAUGGCCAGCAGGGAGCAGCUCUUGUACCUGUAUGCCAGGUACAAGCAGGUCAAAGUUGGAAAUUGCAAUAUUCCUAAACCAAACUUCUUUGAUUUUGAAGGAAAGCAAAAAUGGGAAGCGUGGAAGGCCCUUGGUAACUCCAGCCGUAGCCAAGCAAUGCAGGAAUACAUCACAGCAGUUAAAAAGCUAGAUCCAGGAUGGAAUCCUCAGGUAUCGGAGAAGAAAGGAAAAGAAGCCAACAGUGGUUUUGGUGGGCCAGUUGUUAGUUCUCUAUAUCAUGAAGAAACAAUCAGGGAAGAAGACAAAAACAUAUUUGAUUACUGCAGGGAAAACAACAUUGACCAUAUAACCAAAGCCAUCAAAUCGAAAAGUGUGGACGUGAAUAUGGAAGAUGAAGAGGGCAGAGCUCUGCUCCACUGGGCGUGUGACCGAGGACAUAAGGAGCUGGUCACAGUCUUACUGCAGUAUGAAGCUAACAUUAAUUGUCAGGACAACGAAGGCCAGACAGCCCUUCAUUAUGCUUCUGCCUGUGAGUUUUUGGACAUUGUGGAGCUGCUGCUCCAGUCUGGCGCUGACCCCACUCUCCGAGACCAGGACGGCUGUCUGCCGGAAGAGGUGACAGGCUGCAAGGCAGUUUCUCUGGUGCUGCAGCGGCACAGAGCUGGCAAGGCUUGAUCCAGAGACUAGAAAAGCACAGUCUGAUGGGAUAGGACUUGAGGAUGAAAGAAACUGCAGAACGAUACUUCCUUACCACCCAUCUUUGGUAUGCAUUGGCUAAUAAAAUCAGUUCUGAGGAACUGGGA